AUGGGCUGCUGUGGCUGUGGAAGUUGUGGUGGCUGCGGAGGCUGCGGUGGUUGCGGUGGCUGCAGCAGUGGCUGCGGUGGCUGCAGUGGUGGCUGUGGCGGCUGCAACAGCUGUACCAGCUGCAGAUGCUACCGGGUGGGCUGCUGCUCUGGCUGCUGCCCCUGCUGCUGUGGCUGCUGUGGGGGCUGCUGCAGCACCCCCGUGGUCUGCUGCUACCGCCGCACCUGCAGCUGCAACGCGUGUGGCUGUGGCUGUGGGAAGGGCUGUUGCCAGCAGAAGAGCUGCUGCCAGCAGAAGAGCUGCUGCAAGAAGCAGUGCUGCUGCUAG